UUGGAGCCCGUGGAGUUUGUUCGCCUGUCAUGGUAGGGUUCUUCAGCUACUUCACUGGAAAGCGCGGCCCUAGCGGCUUUGGAUCAUCCUCCACCGCGGAGGAUGUCGCGCAAGGGAUUUCGCUGCAUUCUCAGGUUGCGAUCAUCACUGGAUCGACGUCUGGGAUUGGAUUCGAGACCGCGCGGGUCCUGGCCAAGCACGGCGCUCAUGUCGUUGUCCCGGCCAGGAAAGUCAAGGACUCGGAGGGAGUGCGAUCGAGGAUUCUCAAGGAGUUUCCAGAUGCCACGGUGAGCGUUGGGGAGCUGGAUUUGAGCUCGCUGGCCUCGGUGAGGAAGUUCGUGAGCGAAUUCAAGGCUUUGGAACUCCCGCUCAACAUGAUCAUAAACAAUGCCGGGAUCUCUAGUGGGAAGUUUGUUCUAUCACCCGAGGGACUGGAGCUUGAUUUUGCGACUAAUCACAUGGGCCAUUUCUUGCUCGUGGAACUUCUGCUGGACGAUGUCAUCAAAACUUCCAGUGAGACAGGCAUCGAGGGCCGGAUUGUCAUCGUCUCCUCCGAGGCCCAUAAGUUUGCUCCGAAACAAAUAGUAUAUGAAAAGCUCAACGACAAAGACAGCUUUUCCUGGACGGGAGCCUACGGUCGUUCCAAACUGGCAAAUAUAUGGCAUGCCAAGGAACUUGCACGGCGGCUUCAGGAACGAAAUGUGAAUGUCACCGCGAACGCUCUCCAUCCAGGCGCUAUAGACACAAAUCUGGGACGUGAUUUCAACAAAAUUCUUGUUUCUACUGUUUUUUUCCUCGGAAAGCCUUUUCUAAAAACUGUCCCUCAGGGCGCUGCCACAACAGUUUACGCUGCGAUCCACCCCUCGAUGCGUGGAGUCACCGGGAAAUACUUGUGUGAUUGCAACGAAGCAGAGUGCAGUGCCACUGCCAAUGAUAUGAAAAUGGCUGCGGAGCUGUGGGAGUUUAGCGAGAAGUUUGUAGCAUCCCAUCCAUGACAAGGUAAUCAAUCCUACACAUAUAUCUGUCUUACAACACUACAUAUUUGGUGAUUUAAGUUCUCAGGAUUCGCAGUUGCCACUGUGAUCCUUGGAAGAACAUCGUCCAUGUAAUGAAAAGAAGGCAAAGUUUCUUUUUCCCGGUAA